CAAGCUCCCUCCCCCACAAGGGGUAUGUUUUGUCGUAGGUUGGGCAGGUUUGAAAGCAGCUGCAGUAAGGAGUGUGAAUAGUACUAACGUACAGCAAGCGAGCUAACAAGGGAAAUAUUCGCUCAAGGUACUCUAAAAAAUAGUAUUCAAAAUGGCAAUGGAAGGUGCUGCAAAUUGCAUUAAGUACAUGGUUUUUCUCUUCAACUUUAUAUUCUUUCUUGGAGGAGUUGGGUUGAUGGGUGUGGGAAUCUACGUACAGCUGAAAAUUGGAGACUAUGUUGAGUUACAGUCAGUAAAGUAUAUCACCGGCUCAAUCAUCAUCAUAGCCGUGGGAGCAUUCAUUGCUCUUGUCUCAUUCUUUGGGUGCUGUGGUGCCAUCAAGGAGCACAGAUGCUUGCUGGCCACUUUCUUUGCAUUGCUUUUCAUCAUCCUUGCGGUGGAGAUUACUGGAACAGCAUUGGGUUAUGUCUACCGCAACAAGGUGGAGGAACAGCUUGGAAAAGACAUGAAUGAUACCAUUGUUUCAUAUGGCGAGAAAGGCAAGGAAGGCAUCACCGAUGCUUAUGACGCAAUCCAGAAGAAAGAAAAAUGCUGUGGCAUUAAUGGCUUCAAAGAUUGGCAAAGGUCAUAUUACACCAAGGGAAACCACAGCAUUGUGCCUGAUAGUUGCUGCAAAACCGUGUCAAAGGGCUGCGGAAUCAAUUUCAAAGAGAAUGACAUCUACACCAAGGGAUGCUUUGAUACUGUGAAGACACUUCUGAAGGACAACCUGAUAAUCAUUGGUGGUAUUGGUAUUGGGGUUGCUGUCAUCCAGAUUCUGGCCAUGAUCUUUGCUAUGGUGCUUGUCUGUAAGAUUGGAGCCCAGUCCGAGUAUGCCUGAGUAUACAUUCAGUGCAAGCUUAUUUACACCAAGGAAAUAGUAUACCCCAUGUAGAUUAGACUAGCUAAUUGUAAUCUAUAACAUGCUGCAAUGAACCCAUUCGCCAUCCAGCUAAUGUUUUUAAGCUUUUUUUAUACACAUUCUAUUUUUUUGUCUCACAUCCAAAGAUUAAAAAGCAGUGUUUUUCAGCAACGGGGCUUGUCACAUCAGCAAGUCCCCUCCCCCUCCCCCACAGGAUUUCAUCACAUAAUUUCCUUCUGAUAUUGGGUUAAAACAAUAACAAAGGUGUGUCUGACUAAGGCUCUUUAAAAUGGCAGACACAAAAAUUCAACAUAGCUUAUAGCUCAGAAUAAGGGCUCCCUGUUGCUUUCAGAGUCUAUUCGGGAGGUAUACUCAGUAGCCAGUCAUUCGCCUUUUUUUAACUUUGUUUCACGUCUUCUGCUGUCUUGUUAUUAGUUUUUAUGAGACCUUUUUCUAGUGUUUGUGCGCUUGCACAAAAAAGACAGAGUGACUUUAGAAACUUUUAGUUAAUAUUUAUACGCAAAAGAUUUUUUACUUUGUAAUGUCUCUGUGAAUGACUCUAAAAUGAAUUUGUCAUAUGUUUUAAACUAAAACAAAAAAGUAGGAAUUUGAUUGGCUAAUGUUAUAGGGAUGAUGUCCCUGAGUCAUCUAGGAAGUUGUUAUAACCAUAAUAAAAUGUUUUUUUUUUUUUUUGUAAAGUAUGCAUCCUAUUAAGGCAUAGGAUCCAGUCAACUACAUAUAAUAUAACCUCAAGAAAUGUUUCAAUUAAUCUGUGAGUUUGUAACUAGGAGUGGUAUACAAAUAAGACCAGAGGAAAAGAGUGAUUGAAAAGUUGCUGUAACUCACGAUUUCAUGUUGAAUGUAUACAUGACACAAAUAAACUUUUAAUAAUAAAGGUA